AUGGCUCUGGAUUAUGAUUCAUUAGCACAAAUAUUUAUGUGGCUUUCAAUACCUGAUAGGAUAGUCAUGGAAAAUGUUUGUCACAAAUGGAAAGAGGCUUGUCAACGAUCAUGGUACGACAUCAAAGAAUACCAAUGUGGUGUAUCAAUUGGUGAUAAUUAUAAAAAUCGUUUAUUGACACAAUCAUUUGUUGAAAAAGUAUUAUUACGAUGUGGUGUUUAUUUAAAAGAAUUGGCUCUUUCUAAAGUUUGCAAUUCAAGCAUGAUCAUUCCAAUCGUUGGUGAACGUUGUAAAAAUUUAACAAAACUUGAAUUUGUAUUCGAUGAAACAUUAAGAAACUUGAAUAAAUACAAAAAACUUCAAAGAUUAACAAUACGUUUCUGCAAUCUGGAUAAUAUUAUUCAAGAUAUAUCAAAAAAAUCAACACUUGUUUAUCUCGAUAUUAGAGGAUGUUGGGCUUUGGAAAAACCGUGGAUAUUCAAUGACCUUGUGAAUUUAGAACAUAUUGACUUGUUAGACUGUUGGAUGAUUGAGGAACAAAGCAUUUCAAAUGUAUUUCCUAGUAUUAUUGGUACAUGCAAAAAUCUGAAACACCUUGAAUACACUUGUGAUUAUAAAACAUCAGAACCUGAAAUUCCACUUAAAAACUGGUCAAACGUUCACAAUUUAGUUUAUCUCAGUACUUGUUGGAAAAUUACUGAGGAUUUCGCAAUUAAAAUAGUGAAUCAUUGCAAGAAAUUGAAAGACUUUACAAUUAGAGUUAAAUCUGAAGAUGCAGCUAUUAUCAAAUUGACAGAAUUAGAAAAUCUCGAAUGUUUAAAAUUACAUAAUCAGGAACUCACCAAAGAAGAAAUAAUUGCAAUUUCAAAUAAUUGUAAAAAACUCGAACAUUUGGAAAUUCCAUAUUGUAAAAUACCAUUUUAUCCCGUUACUCUUGAUUAUUUAUCAAAACUGCAGUGUCUUGAAUAUUUAGAUUUGUCAUGUAUUGGAUUACUUCAAGAUAGUACUAUUAUUUUUAUUGCCAAUAAAUGUAAACGCUUGAAAUAUUUAAAUAUUGAAGGGCCGAAUUGUAUUACUGAAAAUGGUUUUGAUUUUUUGUUGAAAUUGGAAAAUUUGCAAGAAUUGGCGAUAGACUGCAACAAGGCUAUCACAAACAAUUUUGUUGAAAAAUUAAAAGGAUUAAGAGUUUUAAAUUGUCGUAAUUGCAUCAAUCUCACUGAUGCUGGUAUCAUUCAGGUCAUCAAAAACUGUCCAGAUCUUGAACGACUUGAUCUCUCUUACAUCAAUAAUAUUACACUUGAUACGAUUAUUGCUGCUGAUUUGGCAACAAAAAAUCGUAUGAAUGAAAUUGUUUUGCAUAUACAUAUCUCUAAUUGGACGCUUCAUGAAACUUCCAAAUCUAAAAUUGAAUCUCAAUGGUUGUUAGUGGAAUGUUUAUAA